AUGUAUCCAUCAGAUUGUAACCCACCAAGGAUUUACGGAAUGAUUAAAGCUCACAAAGCAGAAAAAGAUUACCCAAUGCGCCCUGUUGUAUCAACAAUUAACACACCACCUUAUGGAACAUCUGAUUAUCUUGUUAAAAUUAUUCAACCGACUCUGAACAAAAAUAAGAAUCCUAACGAAGCUCAAGUUUCAUUUGAUAUAGUCAAUUUAUAUCCAUCCAUACCCAUUGACGAAGCAAUUCCGGUUGUUAUUGAUAUAUUGAACGCUGACAUUGAUGACUUAAAAACUCGAACUAAACUUACUCUUGCAGACAUACAUCAAUUAAUUGAACUUUUAUUAAGUAUAUGCUAUUUUUUAUAUGAAAACAAUAUCCGAAAAAUACCUAAUUCAGGCCCUAUAGAUUUAUCUUUAAUGGUUGUUAUGACGGAAGCGUUUUUACAAAAUAUAGAAAGAAAAGCCCUUAACAUAGCAAUUAUUCAUACAUCCGAACCAAAAACUUACAAGAGGUAUGUAGAUGAUUGUCAUGUUUGCUUUGCUUCAAUAAAACAACAACAAAUGUUCCGAAACAUCCUUAAUGAACAAAAUCCUCCCGUAAAAUACACAGUGGAACUUGAAAACGACCUCAAACAACUCAAUUUCCUAGAUAUUAACAUUACAAACACAGGCUCUGGAACUUAUGAAUUUCAAAUACAUAGAAAAGAAGCUAUUACAAAUGUUCAACUUAAACCUAACUCGAACAUUAAUCCUAGCAUUAUUAUUGGCGUUUUCAAAAGAUUUUUAUGUCGUACUAAAAGAAUAUGCUCUCAAAAAUACCUUCAAAAAGAAAUUGAUUUUCUAACAGACAUCUUUGUUGAAAAUGGCCACGACAAGAACAUUCUAAAUAAUAUUACUAUAGACUAUUUAAAAAACGGUUCAAAAACCACCACAUUUCAACCAAUAGAUACCCAACACUCUAUAAAACUACCUUGGUUACCAAUUGUUGGUCCAAAACUUCGUAAAGAAUUUCGAAAGCAAAACAUAAAGGUUAUUUUCACAUCAACUCCCAAUUUAAAAAAUAUUUUCUGCAACAAUAAAACUAAACUACCACUAAACACAGACCCUGUCGUAUACCAGCUAAAAUGUUUAUGCGGUUCGAUAUACAUUGGAGAAACUAAAAAGAAGGUGAUAUCGAGAUGUAUUGAACACCAAAAAAAAACAGCUUAA